AUGCACAUUCUAUUCAAUUUAGACACAGCCGUUCAAAAAUUGUUGAAUAUUGAAGAAGUGCCUCAAGCUACAAACAUGACAAAAGAUUUAAUUUGUAAAGGUCAUUUCAUAAAAACACAUUAUAGAGAGAAAAGUGGUCGUUAUGAGGUACAUUUACUGUUCAAAGAAUCACCGUUUGCUGUGAACGACUUCUAUCAAGUCGUAAGAAGAUUUAAAAGGGUUAAACAAGCUCUGAGAAGGCAACCAACCUUGUGGACAAUGUAUAAGGACUUUAAGCAUGAAUAUGAACAUUUUAACCACAUGAAAUUAGUUCAACUACAUGAGCAACAACCUCAGAUUUAUCUGCCAUAUCAUCAUGUACGCCGCUAUAUCUAUAAUAUAUAGAUUCCAUAGUAAAAAUAUUUUUAAUUGGGCAUUAAUUGGAAUACAGCGAAUGACACGUUUACAUUUAAGGUAGAAACAAUGAAAGUUAUUUCUUAUCUAACAAAAAGGAAAUUAUUAUCCAAAAUUGCAAGGAAUUUUAACCCCUGUGGUUGGUUGGCACCCAUAGUAAUUAUUGCUAAAUUAAUAAUGCAGCAAUUAUGGCUAUUGACGCCUUUCACUCACAGUACAGCUUCCAAUGGUCCGGCUGGCCCUGGAUCUACAGUUCCUGCAAAAGCGAGUAAUGUAAGACACAAUUCUCAACAACCGUUCCAGAUUGGCAUGACGACUUAA